AUGGCCCCGUUUGCAAUGCCGCGCGGAUUGCCCCACCCCCACCUCCUCCCCAUUCUCCCCUCCUCCCCACGCAAUCCCCCAGCGGCGCCGCUGCUGUUGCAGGUGUUCACCUGCGGGGCGAUGCGCCACUCUCCACCUAGCGUGGAGCAGCGAGUGGAGGCGGCACUGGCGGAGGCGGCGUUCAAGCAGAUGGACAAGGGCGGCCACGGCAAGCUGUCCAAGCGGGAUUUGCUGCCCGUGCUCGCCACGCUCGGCAUCCAAGGCUCGCCUCCCCAAGUGGCAGAGGCGACGCUGUGGGCGCUGCUGCAGAAGUACGCGGCGGGCGCAGACGAGAUGGGGCGCGAGCCGUUCAACGAGCUCUUCGUGCAGCUCGUGGCGGGCAUGGUGGACCCACUCCACACGGGAGCUUCCGCCGUUCCCCAGUUCCCCCCCACUCCCACCCCCAUUGCCCGCCCCUGCUCCUUGCCGCGCGUGCUUGCCUUCCCACUCCUCGCCCCUCGCCAGAUCCUCGCGAGCAAAGAGAAGAUGGCCAGCGAGACCUUCGCUGAAUUGGACAUGGAAUCGCUCCUCUCCUACCACAUCACCAUAGGCGACGUUGACAGCAGCAGCGACUUUGUGGACCGCGGCAAGUUCUCCGCGCUGUUCCCCGCGCUGCUGACGUCCCUCGUGGCACACCUGGAGCACAACCCCUUGGUGCUCAAGGUGUCCCUGCUCAAGGAUCUGCCAGUGGGCGGCGAGGUGCUUGACGGCAAUGUUUGA